AUGGCGAAUUUUGACUUAAGCGGCACCUACCAGUCGCCGCAGUUUGGUGCAGGUGAUGGUGCGGUGGCACCCAGCGGCCACAUAGAGGAGUCUCAGGGUCUGCAGGGGCGAUGUACCUUGGACGAGCCCGUCACAGAGACCAUCAUGAGAGAUCUGAGGUCGAUUGGCACCAAGCUGAAGUACGUCAUGCUGCCGAGAGCACGAGCCGACAAAGGCAGCGGCUUGCGGGAGUGGGACCUGUGGGGUCCCUUAGUGCUCUGUUUAGCUUUGGGCAUCAUGCUGUCGAUGCGAGCGGAGCAGGCUAGCUUGGCUUUUGCCCUGGUCUUCGUGAUCGUGUGGGUGGGUUCAGGCAUUGUGACCCUGAAUGCAGUCCUUCUCAAAGGCAAGAUCUCCUUCUUCCAGUCGGUGUGCGUCUUGGGCUACUGCAUCUUCCCGCUGGUCAUAGCUGCCUUCUGCUCCUUACUGCUCCAGGUAAUAUGGCUGAAGGUCAUCUUCGUCUGCGUAGGCUUUACAUGGGCUACAGGCGCCUCGGUGGCGUUCAUGGCUGAACUAUUGCCCGAGGAUCGCAAGGCCUUGGGAGUCUACCCCGUCUGGUUAUUCUACGUGGCCAUCGCUUGGCUUAUCCUCAUCUCCUGA